AUUUGUGGACUUGCUGUAUUCAUGUGACUUAGAUAUUGUGCCAAUGUAGCAAGAGUAAUACAUUCCAUUUGUUUAAAACUGAGGUGUUUGAGGUCACAUUGGAUGCGCAGAGAAUUUGUGUGUAUAUAGAUAUAUGCGAUAUUAUUAAUGAUACUUAAUUACAUAUUAACUAUCUAGUCAUUUGAAAUUUCGGAGUAUAGUUUCGUUGUGAUAUUAUUCUUUAACUUGAGAAUAAUUUGGGGGGAAGCAGCAAGGGGCCUUGUGUAGUAGGUGGAAAUUUAUGUUGAUACAUUUUAAAAAGCACAAGUGAGUCUUUUAAUAUCAGCAAGUGGAUAUCACAGCAAUGGAUCAAGUAGACAAGAUAAAGACCCCCGAUUUUUCUCACAUAACGUCAGAAGAUCUAAAUCAUAUUUACGAGCCUUCAGAAGACAGCUUCCUACUCAUUGAUGCCCUGGAGAAGGACCUAGCAUUUAUUCGGAAACGUGAACCUACUGUGUGUCUAGAAGUGGGUACUGGGUCAGGUGUUGUAAUAACGGCUCUUGGAAGCGUCCUUGGGCCCCGGUGCCAGUACAUGGGUACCGACAUCAACCCAAGAGCUUGCAGUGUCACCCAGGAAACGGGCAGAGCAAAUGGAGUUAACAUAGCGUGUGUGUGUACAGACCUGGUUGCGAAUGUCAUUGACAGAGUAAAAGGGACCAUUGAUGUGCUGCUAUUCAAUCCGCCAUAUGUUGUUACCCCUUCUGAGGAGGUGGGGCAGGGAGACCUCGAGUACACAUGGGCAGGUGGAGUGAAAGGCAGAGAGGUCUUAGACAGGCUCUUGCCCAGUGUGGAAGCACUACUGUCUCCAAAAGGACUCUUCUACUUGCUUGUGUUAAAGGAAAAUGAUCCAGAAGAAAUUGCAAGUAUAAUGGAAAGUAGAGGUUUUUCAUGCGAGUGUCUAAUGAGGCGCAGGACAGGCCCAGAGAACCUCAUGGUUUUACGGUUUUGCAGGAAAGGGAGCCAGUAAUAUGUAACAUGUAUGAGAUUAGAAAAAAAAAUCAGAACUUAUUUACCAUAUAAAUAAAACACAUAUGAAU